AUCUAAAAAUGUCGGGUUCUGUUGACAACUUGACGCACAGCUGACUGCAAAGAAAUAGUUGCCUUGCAUAUUUUCAUCAUAAAAAGUGAUCAUCCACUUGGUCACGUGAUUAACAUAUACCAAAAUGAUGAAAUCAGUUCAGAAUCCGGAUUAUGUAAGAAGCGGUGAAUAUGAAGGGGAGGAUGUCGGGCUGCUAUCUGGAGAACAGACAGGCACAACGAGGGCACCUGGGGGAUCAACAUGGUAUGCCUCGGUGUUUCUGGUGGUAAAUGCAGCCCUGGGCGCUGGUUUGCUCAAUUUCCCCGAUGCCUAUCACAAAGCAGGAGGCGUAAUGGUGGCGGUGAUCAUACAGGCGGUAUUUUUGGUGUUUGUGGUAGUAGCUCUGAUGAUCUUGGCCUACUGUUCCGACAUCAACAUGACGUGUAACUAUCAGGACGUUGUACUGUCGGUGUGUGGUAAAAACGCCCAGCGUUUCUGCGCCUUCACCAUAAUGACGUAUUGUUUUGGAACCUGUAUUACAUUCCUCAUCAUUAUAGGCGACCAAUGGGAAGAAGUGUUCCUGGUUACGGUGAGGCACAUUUACUGCGAUGAACACCCCUGGUAUAUGGACAGGAUUUCUACCAUCUGUAUAUCCUCGGCGAUUCUCAUCCUUCCUCUCUGCUUUCCUCGAAGGAUUGACUUCCUAAAAUAUCCUAGUGCCCUUGGUGUUGUGGGAAUUCUGUAUGUUGUUGUGUUGGUAACUGUCAAAUACGCCAUGCUUACAAAAGCUCCUGAACAUAUCACCACAGAACCAAAACAGUGGAUGGACUUGUUCUUAGUUGUACCAACAAUUUGUUUUGCGUACCAGUGUCAUGUAAGCGUGAUACCUAUAUAUUCCUGUAUGAAGCAGAGAGGUAUGAAGGAGUUUGGUAAGACAAUCAGUUGUGCUAUAGCUUUGUGUGUCCUCACCUACACUGUCGUGGCGGCCUUCGGAUACCUGACCUUUGGGGACGGCAUCACCACAGAUAUAUUACUAUCCUACGAUCCAGAUCCGUCGGUGCUUGUUGCUGUAAUCCUUAUCGCUGUGAAAACAUACACCACCUAUCCUAUACUGCUUUUUUGUGGCAGGGCAGCGUUAGACUGUUUAUGGGUGGAUAUUCGCCGCAUGUCUUCUGAGAGAGUGGAGGAGACGGAGCGACCAAGGCGGAUCAUUGUCACACUGAUAUGGUUCUUGGCCACACUAGCGAUGGCUAUUUUCAUUCCUAACAUUGGAGUAGUCAUUCAGAUUCUUGGUGCUUUUGCGGCAAUAUUCAUCUUUGUUUUUCCAGGUAUGUGUAUGGUAAAAGCGGUAGAGAUGAAGGCAGACGGUGUGUGGGAUAGGAAACUAAAAGCCAUGAUGUUGUUUGCCAUAAUCUUCAUAGUCAUUGGAGCGUUUAUAUUUGGUUUGACUUUAACACAGUCUAUACUUAGUGACUCGGGCGGUGUGAAAGCCGACAAGUCUAAAUAUACAUGCAAUACAACAGCUGUAUAAGGUUUAUUGUUGUAUGAUAUUAUUAUGUAGUUAUUGUAAGAAAUUUGAUGUUUAAAGACUUUUAUUUUGGACAUCUUGGGUGCUUCAGGAUUUUUGUUCACUUUCACUCUGCAAGCAAAAGUGAAUAUAAAAAUGGCGUAUUAAACUAGAUCACAUGAAAAUUUCUCAUUAUUUUUUUUUCAAAAAAUCAUCCUAGAAACUCUAUGAAUAACUCAUGAAUUACGCUCAUGUUUGCUUGCAGUCCAUUUUGUGACAUUUUGAGUUUUGGCUCAAAAUGAUCUUGAUGUAGUCACCUACUGGAAUCCAAAUUUUAGCUGUUGACAAAUUGAAUAUUUGUCUUUGAAAUCAUUGUUAUCGCCGACGUAUGUUCAUGUACAUGUAUGUACAGCUUUGUUUUGAUAUAUAUACAUAAUGAUAUAGAGCAAUCAAGACAUAGGCAAUACUCAGUUCAGAUGGAAGUAUACAUUAUUCCAUGAUUUUAAACCCAGAAUACAAAUUUACUUUGUGGGUCAAUUUGUUUUGAGGUAACAUCUUAUUGUAUAAAUGAAAUAAAUUAAAUGUAUAAAGGACAGUGCAUACACAGGCACUCGCCUCUUCUGUCAAUAUACCUUAUAUACCAGAGCAUAUUAGAUGUAUUGACAGUGAAGGCAAAAGUAUAUUAGGUGUAUUGACAGACGAGAUGAGAGUAUAUUAGAUGUAUUGACAGUGAAGGCAAAAGUUUAUUAGGUGUAUUGACAGACGAGAUGAGAGUAUAUUAUGUGUAUUGACAGACGCGGCGAGAGCUUAUUAGGUGUAUUGACAGACAAGGUGAGGGUAUCUUAGGUGUAUUGACAGACGAGGUGACAGUAUAUUAGGUGUAUUGACAGACGAGGAGAGAGUAUAUUAGGUGUAUGACAGACGAGGAGAGAGUAUAUUAGGUGUAUUGACAGACGAGGUGACAGUAUAUUAGGUGUAUUGACAGACGAGGAGAGAGUAUAUUAGGUGUAUUGACAGACGAGGUGAGAGUAUAUUAUGU